AUGACAGAGCGGACUCCAGAUUCCCGGCCUUUCAAAUGCGAAGCUUGCGGAAAAGGCUUCCACCGCAUGGAACAUAAACGUCGCCAUAUAAGGACCCAUACCGGCGAAAAACCACAUUCCUGCAAUUUCCCAGGCUGUUCCAAGCGGUUCAGCAGAAGCGACGAGCUCAAAAGACACCUCAGAACACACGUCAGCACCUCCCGACGCAAGGGACGCAACGGGCCCAGUUCUGGAGCGUCCUCGCCGUUAUCGCUAUCGUCGUCGUCGCCGUCGUGUCUGUCGUCGGCCUCCGCUCUUUCCAUACAACAACAGCAUCCCGUGGUGGUGCAUCAACUGCCCCCCAUCCACGCCCCCAGGGCUACCGCCCUGGUGUCGCCACUGAUAUCGCCAGCGGUGUCCCCAGUAGUAUCGCCAGUGGUGUCACCGUUUGUUACCUCUACCGCAUCGUCCAUGAGCUCGAUCUUCUCGCACGAAACGGCCUCGUCGCUGGCGUCGGCGUCGUCACCUGACCUCAAGACCUCUUUCAAGCUACCUUGCAUACCGGCCGCAUCGGCUCACAACACUGCAUUGGCGCAGCCUGUGCCAAGUGUGGACCGUAUCCGCGUUUUGCCCGCGGCCAAAGUCCAUGUCAGGGGUCGCAACGCCCAACGUGCCAAAUUCCAGCUCACGGAUGACGACGACAGCGAUCCAGGUCAGUCUGCCGCAGAAGUAAGGUUACCACCGUUAAGAUGCAUGUUGGAUAACAUCCAGGCAUUCCAGGAGCGCGAUUGA